AUGAAAUUCUCACAAUCUUUAAAGUAUAAUUCUGUUCCAGAAUGGAAGGAUAAAUAUAUGGAUUAUGCAGAGUUAAAGAAAUUGGUCUAUACUUUGCAAUCUGAGGAGUUAAAAUUAGAGCGUGGAAAUCAAGGUGAAAACAUUAUCAAUGUGGAUAGGAAUAAAAAAUUAGCUAUAUUAAAAAAUAAAAUCCUGUUCAUGAAUAAAAAAACCGGUGAUUCUACAAAGAACGGCGGUAAUGUUGAUGUUGUAAGUUUAGAAGAUUUCCCUGCUCAAGGUGAAAGUAGUGGUGGUAAUAAUACCGACAAUGUCCAGAUUGCUCCUACUUUAAACAACAGCGAUGAAUACAACUACGAGGAAACCUAUGAAUUGCAAAACAUAAAUAACAAUGCAGAUCCUUCUUCUAGCAGCACGCCGGGUUUGGAGCAGCAGCAAGCUAACUACCAAGAAGAAAAAAAUAAUGAUGUUACCAAUGUUAAUGCAAUUACCAAAAAUAUAAACUCAAAGACCAAAAACUUGAAAAUCAAAAAUAUUAAAAAUAUUAAAAAUAUUUUUUCUGAUAAAAACGAGUUAGCUUCCGGAUCUUCCUCAACGCAUAGUGGGAGUUCAAGCGAAGAAGAAUUCAAUCCAGAAAAAAUAUUCAUGGAUGCUCUGUAUGUGGAGAGGGAAAAGGUUGAUGAUUUCUACAAAGAAAAAGAAUCUGAAUUAUACCAGUCUUUUGAUUUGCUUUGGAGUGAUAUUGAAAAUGCUAACGCCAACUUUACUUCACCAGAUGCAAACAGUUUAAGUGAAAGAAGAUUAAGUUUAUUGAGUGAGGCUGGUAAUACACAUAUACUAAAGAAACAAACUACUCUUUCUCGAGUGUCAAGCACUGGAAGAACCGUGAAUCCGUUUGAUGAAGAUGAAGAUGACGAAGAACUCGAAGAAGAGGAUUUGGAGCAUGGCCGUGCUAAUAGCUCGAGAGGCACCGCCUUGUUGAAUCAUACUGAUUUUACCAUCAAAUCGCAAAAAAGGGCCAUAUUAAAAAAGAAAAUCAUUGAUCUAUAUGUGGAUUUGGUUCAAUUGAAAUCUUUCAUUGAGUUGAACAAAAUUGGUUUUUUCAAGAUCACCAAAAAAUUUGACAAGACGCUUAAUUGUCAUACUAGGCCCCAGUAUAUUGAGAGUGGUGAUUUUUUCCGUGACACCUUUGUGUUUCAAUUAGACACUAUUGAAGAAUUAGAUACCAAAAUUGCGGCCAUUACUGAAUUUUAUGCCAUGAUUACUAAUCAACUAAAUGAUUUACAAGAAUGCAGAGAGGAACUAAGGUCGUACUUACGAGAUUAUAUUGUUUGGGAAAGAAAUAGUGUUUGGAAGGAUAUCUUGGGUUUGGAGAGCCACAAACCUGAUGCGAAUGGUGAUAUAUCUGAAUUAGAAAGUGGUAACGACCUUAAACUGGAUUGUUUUAAAUUCCCCCUACCCCAUCCAAUCAAUUUACGUUUUACUAAAAUUGAACGAAUUUUAAUACCUAAACUAUUUUUUACUAUGAAGGCUGUCAAAAUUGGUAUUAUUUUUAUUUUCACAGCUGUUUUAUUGGGUGUAAAGACGUUCAACGAUCCCGUUCAUCAUCGUUGUAUUGCGUUGAUUGAAUGUGUUGCCUUGUUGUGGGCGACCGAGGCGCUACCACUUUUUGUUACUGCUAUGCUAGUCCCAUUUAUGGCUGUGUUGCUACGAGUUUACAAGAACUCAGACGGUACCACUAUGGAUUAUUCGGAUGCAGCCACCACUGUUUUCGCUGCCAUGUGGUCUUCCACCAUUAUGGUUUUAUUGGCUGGUUUUACGAUGGGUGCUGCUUUGUCCAAAUACAAUGUUGCCAAAAUUGCCGCUUCUUAUCUACUAAACUUUGCUGGAACCAAGCCACGGAAUGUAUUGUUGAUGAUCAUGUCGGUUGUUUUUUUUCUUUCUAUGUGGAUCUCAAACGUUGCCUCUCCAGUUUUAACAUACUCUUUGGCCCAGCCACUAUUAAGAACCUUGGAUGCUGAUUCUCCAUUUGCAAAAGCAUUGGUCAUUGGUGUAGCUUUGAGCGCUGAUAUUGGCGGGAUGGCAUCACCUAUUUCUUCCCCACAAAAUGUUAUUUCCAUGGAGUAUUUGAAGCCAUAUGGUGUUGGGUGGGGCCAAUUUUUUUCGGUCGCUUUGCCAACAGGUAUCUUUGCAAUGUUAUUGGUUUGGAUUGAGUGUUGUCUUACUUUCAAGAUUAACAAGGAUAAAAUUUUUAGGUUUCAGCCUAUUAGACAAAGAUUUACUAUGAAACAAUACUUUGUUAUUUUUGUUACGUUGGGAACCAUUUUAUUAUGGUGUUUCUUAACGGAUUUGCCUAUAUUUGGUAAUGCCGGUGUUAUUGGUUGUUUGCCGAUAUGUUUACUUUUUGGGAGCGGGAUGUUGUCGGUUAGUGACUUGAAUAGUUUUCCAUGGACUAUUGUAAUAUUGGCCAUGGGGGGUAUCGCUUUGGGUUCUGGUGUUAAAUCUAGUGGGCUAUUAGAUUUAAUUGGUCGUUCUUUAGAAAAGAGGAUUGUAGAUUAUCCGUUAUACGCUAUUUUGUGUAUCUUUGGUAUUAUUAUGUUGGUGUUUGGAACUUUUGUGUCGCACACGGUUUCUGCGAUUAUUAUUGUUCCAUUAGUCCAAGAGGUUGGUGACCAAUUGUCUAAUCCUAAAGCAGCACCUAUUUUGGUUUUUGGUUGCUCCUUAUUGGCAUCAUGUGGUAUGGGCCUAGCUUCUUCUGGGUUUCCGAACGUCACUGCAGUCAGUAUGACUGAUCAUAGGGGGAAAUAUUACUUAAAUACGAAUUCAUUUAUUACUAGGGGUGUUCCUGCAUCCUUACUAGCAUUUAUUGCGGUUAUUACUUUAGGUUUUGGUAUUAUGAAUUCUGUCUUGAAGGGAGGAUCCUCUUCAUAG